AUUUCUUGAAAGUCAGACCAGAUGCAAGAGAUAUAUCAUUUGGUGAUAUAUCCGAGAGACAGCGAUUAAGACAGCGAUUAGGUUGCAAGAGCUUCAAAUGGUACAUGGAUACUGUGUACCCUGAACUGGGGCUACCAGAGGAUAAUGAUGCAAAGACUGAAAGCAAAAUGGGCAAAAGGCAGAGUAAAGCAGCAGCAGCAGCAGCUUGCAAAGUUCCAACCAUGGCACUCACGAGCACGCAAUUAUACAUCUCAGUUCCUGAUGAGGCUGAACAACACUAACUUAUGUGCAGCUACAACUGCUGAUGAUGUGAAGACACGUGGUGUUCCUCUGGUACUGAAGCCAUGCUUACGUGUCAAGGGUCAGAUUUGGUAUGAAACAGACCGUCAAGAGCUGGUCCUUGCGCAGCUACUGUGUCUCACUGCAAAAGAAUCCGUACCUCCCAGGUUAGGGAAGUGCCAUGAGAUGGGCGGGGAUCAAGAAUGGCGCCAUGUGCUUGGCAAUCGUGGCACACCAGUGUAUAACAUGGCUGCAGGAAUGUGUCUAGCAGCAGAAAACAAUUCCUUAGGAUCUUCUGUUGUCAUGAAAUUAUGUUCCGACAGUGAUCCUUUGAUGCGUUGGGAUUUUGUUGAGGAUGUAACAUUGGGAAUGACUUGAAACAACUGGAAGCAACAAAAAGCCUCGAGAUAGUGAUUAAUGAAUCUCUCAAAAAAAUACUCACAUUUUGGAUAUGCAGGCCAAGCACAGUCAGUUGUACCUGCAUAUAUCUUGUUAUUAAUUUAACUUUUUUGUUAUUUGCUUUUGUUGUAAAUGGAAUAAUAUAUUUUUCUAAACAGA